AUGCCACAAUUAUUAUCUCCACUCCAUCUCUAUCGGCAUGGUUUUAAUAUGCGCCGAAUGUCACUUGCGUCAUUCCGCAGAACGAACUCAGCUGUUCAGUCCGAGUGUUGGUCGCAUACGAAAAAUACGGUCCGCGCCAUGGCGACACAGGCACAACCGACGCUCACCAUCGACAAUCUCAACCCCUGCAUCAAGGUUAUGGAAUAUGCGGUCCGUGGACCGUUGGUAAUUAGGGCUGGCGAAAUUGAGAAAGAGCUCGAAAAGGGCGUAAAAAAACCAUUUACAGAAGUAAUUAAAGCAAAUAUCGGCGAUUGCCAUGCGAUGGGUCAGGUACCAAUUACCUUCAUCAGAGAAGUCCUGGCGCUGGUCGCCUACCCCAAGUUGUUGGACGACCCUUCCUUCCCUGAGGACGCAAAAUGCAGAGCCAGACUGAUCUUAGCAGGUUGUCGUGGUGGGUCGGUGGGUUCAUACACUGAUUCGCCUGGCAUCGAAAUUAUCAGGAAACACGUUGCUGAAUACAUCGAACGAAGGGAUGGCAUCCCUUCUGAUUGGCAGAACAUCGUCAUCAGUGCAGGCGCUAGUGAUGCCAUCAAAAACGUAUUGAAAUUGUUGAUCAGCAACGUCGAUGGAAAGAAACCAGGUGUGAUGGUACCAAUUCCACAAUAUCCUCUCUACUCCGCCUCUCUAGCUGAGUUCAACAUGCACCAAAUCGGUUAUUUCCUGGACGAAUCCAGGAACUGGGGAUUGGACAUUGCCGAAUUAGAAAGGUCGAUUAACGAGGCAAAGAAAGUGUCCGCUCCAAGAGCCAUUGUGGUUAUCAACCCAGGAAACCCCACAGGACAAGUGCUGUCUAGAGAAAAUAUCGAGCAAAUCAUUAAAUUCGCCUACAACCACAAACUCUUCAUCUUCGCCGACGAAGUAUAUCAAGAUAAUGUGUACGCUGAAGGUUCCAAAUUCUUCUCAUUCAAAAAGGUUCUAAUUGAAAUGGGAGCGCCAUACUCAGGAAUGGAACUGGCCAGUUUUAUGUCCUGUUCCAAAGGCUAUAUGGGUGAAUGUGGUUUGAGAGGCGGCUACGCUGAAGUCAUCAACAUGGAUCCCAAAGUAAAGGCCAUGUACCUCAAAGCCAUUAGCGCUAUGCUUUGCCCAACUGUCUUGGGACAAGCGACUUUAGACACAGUCGUUAAUCCACCACAAAAAGGAGAGCCUAGUUAUGAACAAUUCAUGAAGGAAAAGAACUCAGUUCUGGAUUCUCUUAAAUUAAGAGCAAAAAUGGUAGCUGACACUUUCAAUUCAAUGGAAGGUUUCUCGUGUAACACUGUACAGGGAGCUAUGUACGCUUUCCCGAGAAUUGUACUGCCCCCGAAGGCGAUCGAAGCAGCCAAAGCUCAAAAUAAGGCCCCCGAUGUAUUCUACGCAUUCGAACUAUUAGAGAACACAGGUAUUUGCAUUGUGCCAGGUUCUGGAUUCGGCCAACAACCAGGCACAUAUCACUUCCGCACCACUAUCCUGCCGCAGCCCAAUAAAUUAAAGGAGAUGUUGGACAAAUUUGCCGCAUUCCACAAAGAUUUCCUUAAAAAAUACAAUUAGGUUGUAAAUGAGAGUUAAAAUUUGUUGAGUAUUAUUAACGGCGGUAAUUGUUAUAAAUUGAAAUUUGUAUUGUAAUUGUAUAUAUUGCAUAGGAUUCGAUGUAUGUAAAUUUAAUGACGUGUAUAGGCCAACAAUAAAAAUUUCCAUGUA